CUUCUCUUUUACUUUUACAAAUAGACUUACAUUAUGGGCUUACUUAAUAUAUUCAGUGGCAUACCAAUCAAAUAUCUUUCACUUUUGAUUCUUGUUGUGCAGAACAGUGCACUUAUCUUGGUUAUGCGCUAUACUCGUGCCAACGUCGAAGAAGAUAAACUCUAUCUGGCUUCUACUGCCGUUGUUAUGAGUGAAGUAAUCAAGACUCUUGUUUGUUUGGUUGUUUUGUACUUUGCUCCUGAAUCUCGAAAACGUUCUUUCUCUAAACUCACUUCUCUAUUAAAUCGUGAACUUAUUCUCAACUGGAGAGAAACAUCUAAAUUGGCUAUUCCUGCUAUACUUUAUCUUAUUCAAAACAACCUUCAAUACGUUGCAGCUUCCAAUCUUGAUGCAGCCACAUUCCAGGUCACUUAUCAAUUAAAGAUCUUAACUACUGCAUUUUUCAGCGUCAUUAUUCUCAAAAGAAACCUUUCAAAACUAAAAUGGAUUGCAUUAGCCAUUUUGACCGUGGGUAUUGCACUUGUUGUAUUACCCAAGAGUGCAUCAACUGCCUUUAUUGCUUAUAUCACUGGAAAUACAACUGUGACUGAUACAGCUGUGGAGGGAGAAGGUAAUCAAUCCAACUUGCAUGGUUUUUUGGCUGUCUUGUGUGCAUGUAUGUUGUCUGGUUUAGCCGGUGUCUAUUUUGAAAAGAUUUUGAAAGCACCUACACCUAAGCCUGUACCAACAGAAGAAUGGAAUGAAGAAGAAGGUAAAAGGGCGUUGCAAGACGAAGAUAAUGAGGAUAACGAGACAGCUGCUAGUAAUCAGAUCUGGAUUCGUAACAUUCAAAUGUCAUUCUUCUCUGUCUUGUUGGGCUUGGUCUUUGUCGUGAUGUUACAGGACGGCGCAACCAUUGCUGAACGCGGCUUUUUUGUCAACUAUACACCUUUGACCUGGAUUGUGAUUGGUAUUCAAGCAUUGGGUGGCUUGAUUGUUGCUCUAGUUGUAAAGUAUGCUGAUAAUAUCUUGAAGGGUUUUGCUACUAGUAUCAGUAUUAUCUUGUCAUCUGUUGUCAGCGUGUGGCUUUUCAAUUUCUCUGUCUCUGGAUCGUUUUUAGUGGGCGCAGCUCUUGUCAUUUAUGCCACCUAUCUAUAUGGCUUAUAAGCAAGAAGACUGUAUCAACACAUUUACACACACACACACAUCUUUAAUAGGAUAAUACCCUUUUUUUAAUGUUCAUUUUUCUUUAACAAGAAAUAGUUUGAUUUUAAUUUUUCUAUUUUUGUAUACUUUACUACAGUUCACUAAAGAGUCAUUUUUUUUUUCAAGCCAAA